UAAGUAUGUCUUUAACAGGCGCUCAUAUGAGCUGUUUGACUCAGGGUCCUUCAGUCUUUCAACAGCUCCGCAUGAACUCGAACUGACUUUCAGACGUCAUGAUCUUCAACAUGAUCAGCAGGCCUCGCGCUGCCUUUGGCACUUUAAUAGGUCAGUGGCGGAGAGGCGUGAUGAACACAGGGAACAGAAGACUGUGCAGCAAGCCUCAAGAAGGGGCAUCCGCACCCCAGCAGACCACAGAACGGGCUGAACGCCUUGGGUUUAAAGUACCAGGCUACCGCCCAUCAGACUGGGAUAGGAAGAUGCUGGUGUGGUCCGGGCGAUUCAAAACCCCAGAGCAGAUUCCCGAAUUUGUGUCUUUUGAGAUGAUUGAUGCUGCCAGGAACAGAGUACGUGUGAAGGCCUGCUAUGUCAUGAUGGCACUGACCAUUGGAGCGUGUCUCGUUAUGGUUAUCACUGGCAAACAGGCGGCAGGUCGGCAUGACAAUCUGACCUCUCGUAACAUGGAGAAGAAGGCUCGAUGGAGAGAGGAGGCGCAGAAGGAGAAGGACGAGGCUGCUGCACUUGCAGAGAAAGCCCAGUAAUAUGUGCCCAUUCAAGCUCCCAAAGCCCAUCAUUCACAAACCAGUUUUUCAAAUAUCAAAUGCCACACCCCAUGGGAAAUCUGGUGGAGGUGGUACAGAUUUUCCUCCGCACAGACUUUUAGAGUAGUGUAUAAAAUAAUGAUGUGAGAUUAUCUGUUUGAUGUUUGUAUAUAUAUAUAUUCAGAAAAAAAUAAAAUAGUGUUCCACUGA